AUGGGUGACGAUGUGAUGUUAAAACUCAGAAUUCAAUUUGGUGGUACUAUGAAGAAGGAGAAUGAGAGUUACAAUUAUGUUGAGAAAUUGGGUACUCUCAACGUCAACUGGAAACAGUCAGAGAUUACAUGGGAGAGGUUUGAAGACUUCCUUAAAAACAAAUGUCAUAUUAGUACACCGAUUAUGUUUAUCUGGUACAAAGAAGCAGGGGAAGAGAUGAAAAGCAUUGACUAUGCGAUAGAUAAUGAAGACUUGCUUUGUUUGGCUGGGAAAAAAUUAUCAGAUAGGAAUUGGCAUGAAGAUGAUACUGCAGCUGGAUAUGAGGGUGGUCAAGAAGAUGAAGAGGACAGGGAUGAGAAUAAAGAUAGUGAUGAUGAUGAUAUUGACAGACCGAAAGAAGAUGAAGAACCUGAAGAAUCGGAGGAUGAAAUCAAUAAAAAGGAGAAUGUUUCUGAGAAUCAAUGUGACGGUGUGGCUGAUAACCAAGGAGAUGUGGCUGAGAAUCAAGGAGAUAUCUCUGUGGAAGAAUAUGAGGAUGGCGAAGGAGGUGCUCCUGUGUUGAAUACAGUGGAUGAAGGGGAUGAGGUUGUAGUGGAUGCAGGAGAUAGACGCAGCGAUGCUUGA